CUCACAACUCUUUGCACAGGGGUCCAAUUUGCAGAACGAGUUUAAUACGUUCCUCACGCGAAACUUGGUUACAUUUAUGCACCUGGUGCCGCUCAUUGAAUGUGCUGGCAAAGGAUUCCCUGAUGGAUUUUAUGAAUUCAAGAAUUGCGAUUCAUUCAAACUUUUGAAAGAAGCUCGAGAAAAGCAAUUUGUGUCGUAUCUGAAUAUUGGGGCUACCUGGAAACCAUGGCACCUAUAUCGAUCGACCCUCCCUUUCACCCCAAUGUCAUCACCUUUUCACAAACUGUAUGGACACCUCUCCGAUCCCGUUCGGAUCUUCACCAUUUCUGGCGAGUUUACCGGGCACAGAAUCCCAUUGAGUGAGGAUUUACUCAAUGCUCGAAUGGUCAUGGAGGCGAAGCUACAUAAUUUGCCAGAGCAGGUUGAUAGACAGUAUAGUUCCACGAGUCAGUCCACCGCGUCAACGACAAGCCUCAUCAAUAUUGUGGAUCCAGAGACCAAGGACGAAGUCCAAUUCAACGAUCCUGAUUUUCGUAAUGGUAUCGUGACAUGUGCAGCGCUCUCCCUUGAUGGUCACCAUGUAGCUCUUGGUUUUGGUAGUGGUGUCGUCGAACUCGCUGAUAUUGACCAUCAGCACACAAUUUCCCGAUUCCAGCUCGAUCCACCCAACCAUCCAGUCUGGAUUGAAUUUGUCCAUGGCAGCCACCGAGUUGCUGCUGAGGACAGUGAAGGGAACGUCACCAUCCUUAGCCAUGAUAUGACCGCCGCGAAUCUUGGUAACCUUCCCAGUGGUCCUCUUCCUGCUGUAACUCGAGUAUCAGACAAUGGAUUAUUUAUCAUACGGGUCCCACGGAACACUGAUAGCUCUUGGUACGACAGCCUGACUCUCGUAUCCAUUUUGGGUGACCCGCACUUGCAGCACCUCGCACCCCCUUCUUCCAAUAAUUUCACUCCAACUUCCAACCCUCCUAUCUUAGCCUCCGAGCCUUCUACUUCAUCCUCUGCAUCCAUCAAAAGUGACGCAGUGCUCACUAUUCCGCACCGUCGCACGCUUGGGUUUUCUCCGGGAGCACAUUAUAUCGGCGCUUUCGAUGGCCUUAGUGCUUUCACCUGGUCGACAAGUUCGGGUGAGCUCAUUUCGAGUUAUCGUGUGACGGAUUUCAAUUUGUGGAUUAUGAAUCCUGCUGUUCCCUUUACCUGCUCUUAUCGGAUCCCUGAUCCUGUAUCCCCUCGACCUACCCUCUCGUUGACAGAAGGUGAAGCAGCACAUACACAUUAUUCCGAAACACAUGCAGGGCAUAACUUGGACUCGUCCUGGAUCAAGUGCCCAUUCUAUGUUCUCUUGCCAAGUGAGGAGGAGUGGGAUGAGUUGACGAUGCUUGACAUUCAUUCGUCCGCUGCCGGAAGAACGCCACUGUUCGGAACCAAUGGAAAACGCCAGCGAUUACCAGUGUCCUUCAAUGGCAAAUUGGAAUUCAUUAUUCCCAAGGAGUAUGAACCAGUUGUUUUUUCUGGUGCCAAAGGUCUAGGCGCUUGGUAUGGUGAUCGAGUGCCAUUUGAUCCUACCUUUUUGUACAGCCCUCGGUCCAGCAAAGAUGGGACUCGAAUCCUUCUUCAAGGCUGGCAGACGGCUCCAAUUGUUGUUGAUCUUAGCCAAGUCAUUUAGGAUGUUCAUGGUCAGUUGCGCGAUCUAUCCACCGUCGGAGGGAGAAUCGCAAGGUUUCGCUAGGUCACCCUUCCAGCUUUCUGGACGGAUGAAGUUCCCUUUCUAGGGUGCAAAUAAGGCUUCAACAGUUCUACGACUAUUCCUCCCUUGCGACGUAUCAGAAUGAAUAUAUAUUUAUUCAUGUGAUGCACUGAAAGGCUUGACCGGAGCAAAUUUCCGUUAUCGCUUCUUUGAACGUACCAAAAGGUCUCCCAGUACCAUAUCACCCGACGUUUAUCCUCAGUUGUACAUAAGUAACGUAACAAAGAGAUCAACAUAGAAUAAGUG